AUGCUUUCCCCCCCUGCAGUCUACGCCCCUCUGGCCCCCGGGUACCCCUCAGCAGUGGCAGCUAUGAGGGCGGGCUACGGCGCCAUCGAGCACCUCCUCGCCGAUGCCAACCCCGCCAACCAAGGCCUCGCCGUCUCCCUCCCCACCCUUGUCGUUGGCGGCGGCUACCUCGGCGACUGCGCCCCUGCUGCCUCCAACUACCGCUGGUUCUUUAAAGCGGCUGGUUCAGAGAGGCCUUCAACUCUCUCUCUUCCAACCCCCUCGUCUUCCCCCCUCUCUCCCCCUGCAGUCUAUGCGCCGCUGGCCCCCGGGUACCCCUCAGCAGUGGCAGCUAUGAGGGCGGGCAACAGUGCCAUCGAGCACCUCCUUGCCGAUGCCAACCCUGCCAACCAAGGACUCGCCGUCUCCCUCCCCACCCUUGUCGUUGGCGGCGGCUACCCCGGCGACUGCGCCCCUGCUGCCUCCAACUACCGCUGGUUCUUUAAAGAAGCUGGCAACCCUAGCUGGGAGGUUGUGCUGCGAGACGCGGGGCAUUUCCAGUUUUUAGACUCGCCGCCGGUGCUGCAGGCGGCUGUGUGUGGGCUGGGCCCAGCCAGGGAUGAGGAUGUGAGGCGGGCCACGAGGGCGUGUAUUGCCGCGUGGGGCCAUGCGACUGUGCCCAGGCAGAGGGGGAAGACGGUGGGUGGGGGUGGGAGAGGGGCGGUGCCGCAGCAGGGAGGGGGAGAUGGGGGAGUGGGAGGGGAGGAAGAGGGUUGCAUCAGCAUUGGCGGGAGGUGCGGUGGCAGUGGCAGCGGUGGGACGAGCGGGACCAGUGACGAUAUGGACGCCGCUGCAGCUGAUAGCUGGAGAGCGGGUGCAGGAAGGGAGAAGGGGCCGGCGCAGGCGCCUGCUCAGGCUCCUGCUCCCGCUUUGACCCCGUUGACUCCGUUGACUGCGGGGGAGAACCUGGAGGCCCCUGUGUCGGAUAGGAAGGAUGAGCUGGAGGCCAUGAUGGUUUCAGUUGCUGCUGAGCUAGCAGCGGAAAUAGGAGAGGAUAAGCUGAUUCGCUCAGAAGACCUGCGAUCGGCCGUUGCAGAUGCUGUGGAUAGGGCCUAUGAGAAGGCAGUGCGGGAGGCAGUGCAGCAGCGUACAGAGCUGGAGGAGGGUGUGAGGGAGGCGGAGCAACAGCUGUACGACCUGUUGGGGCCCGAUGCAGAGUGCCUCGUGGCUCCCCAUGCCCUGCCACUGCAAGAGCGGCUGGAUGUCAACCUUUCCCACCUGCACCAGCUGGAAUCCGUGAGUGCUUUGAUACAACAAACCCACGCCCUGCACCUGGUGACUCUGACUCCCCGCGCCCUGCCACUGCUGGCAUCCUCUCCCACCCACCCAACCGCCUCGGCUCCGUUCCGUGUGCCACCCCUCCCACUUUUCUCCCUCUUUCUUUCCACUUUUCCCCACUUUCCUCCCAUUUUCCUCCCUCCUUCCUCCCACUUCUCUCCCUCCUUCCUCCCAUAUCCCUCCGGUGAGCCAAGGGAGGAGGGCAAGGAGUGGCUGGGAGGGCUGGUGGUGCUGGCAAAGCUGAGGCAGCGACUUAUCUGCCUGCGCUCAUCGCUGCACCUGUCUUUCGAGAUUUCCCCGAAUCCCUUCCUCUUUCCUCCAUUUGUACCCCUCCAUUCUGCAGCAAAGGGAGGAGGGCAAGGGGUGGCUGGGGGGCCUGGUGGUUCCGGCGAAGCUGAGGAGGAAACUCAUCUGCCUGCGCUCCUCGCUCAAAGGCAGGAGGGGAAGGGGUGGCUGGGCGGGCUGGUGGUGCUGGCGGAGCUGAGGAGCCGUCUCAUCUGCCUGCGCUCCUCGCUGCACCUGCCGUUUGAGAGUCUCAAAAGUCCUUCCUCUUUCCCUUUGUCCUCCCAUAUUCCUCCUGUGCAGCAAAGGCAGGAGGGGAAGGGGUGGCUGGGCGGGCUGGUGGUGCUGGCGGAGCUGAGGAGCCGUCUCAUCUCCCUGCGCUCCUCGCUGCACCUGCCGUUUGAGAGUCUCAAAAGUCCUUCCUCUUUCCCUUUGUCCUCCCAUAUUCCUCCUGUGCAGCAAAGGCAGGAGGGGAAGGGGUGGCUGGGCGGGCUGGUGGUGCUGGCGGAGCUGAGGAGCCGUCUCAUCUGCCUGCGCUCCUCGCUGCACCUGCCGUUUGAGAGUCUCAAAAGUCCUUCCUCUUUCCCUUUGUCCUCCCAUAUUCCUCCGGUGCAGCAAAGGCAGGAGGGGAAGGGGUGGCUGGGCGGGCUGGUGGUGCUGGCGGAGCUGAGGAGCCGUCUCAUCUCCCUGCGCUCCUCGCUGCACCUGCCACCACCAGAGAGCGAUGCUGACACGCAGGACGUCCCUUCUCCCCGCCCCCACUCUCCCCCUUCUUUCCGCCACCCCCUCUCCCCCUCCGUCCGCCCCCUCACUCACUCCUCCACGUCCCUCCUCUCCUCCUCUCGCUCCGCAUCUAAUCUCCUCCGCUCGACCACCCCCCCUCACACACCACGCUCUCAGCGCUCCAACCGAAGCAACAGGGACGGCGUUAGUGAUAGAGGCACUGGGUGGUUGAGGAGCAGCGGUGCUGGUGCUGGGGCAGCUACUGCUACCACUGUUGCUGCGAGAUCAGCUGCCAUUACUGUUGCUGCUAAACCGGCCCCUAGUGCUGCUCUCGUUACACGCAGCUUAAGCUCCCCCUCUGCUUCUAUGUCACUGGCCGACGUUGUUUCCUUAACCCAUCAUUCGUCUAACGAGGAUGGCUCUCUAAGUGUGGGAGCAGGAGUAGGAGGUAAUGUGAUAUCGCAUCCUCCCUCCCUCAAGCUGUCCUUACUUUAUGGUGGCCUAUCCUCAGCGUAUUUCCAGCAGAUAGAGGCUGACGUGGUGAAGCAUGCAGACGCCAUCUGGCAGGCGAAGGCUGACCUGGAGGCCUUCCAGACCACCGAUUUCGAAGAGCUGGUGGCGUUUCGAGCCAAGAUAGAGUCGCUUCUCCAAGACUUGACGGACGAGACUCAGGUGCUACAACGAUUUGAGGGCUUCCCCAGCAGCAAGCUGGAGCUGCUGCGAGCGUCGGCAUCGCUGCACUCGCGCCUCUCCGCCCUCUCCCGCGACCUGCUCUCUGCGGUGCCCAUGAGCAACAACGACAGGGGAGGGACGCCCGGUGCUGGUGGAGGUGCUGCUGGUACUGCUGGUGCUGCAGCUCCGGCGUCAGUGGCAGCGGUGGGAGUGUGUUUGGACCGGUGCGAGCGGCUGUUUGAUCGCGUCCGGAGGGAGGUGGAGGCAGUAGAGAGGAGCAGGGAGGAGGACGCUAAAAAGUUUGCAGCGCAGCGGCUGCCGUACAGCGGUGGUGCCAUCGAGAGGGUGAAGGCGGCUGCGGUGCGCCUCUCCUCUCGCCUCUUGGAGCUGUCAGCUCAGGAGAGCAUGAAGCUGAGGGCAUCAGUGGAGCCGGUGGAUGGGCGCAUUCCUGUGGCGUCAGUGGAGCUGGUGGAUGGGCGCAUCCCCGUGUACGAUGUGCCGCGAGUCAAGGCGGGCCUGUUUCUUCUCUGGCGCUGCUUCCAGUUCGCAUUCCGGGCAUACAAUUUUGCAGGCGGACAGGAUGAAACAGCGGAAGAGCUGGCUCUCAUAGUGGCCAAGGAGAUGGAAGCGUACCCAGCUUACAUGUGGGGAUGA